UUACUUCAACGUGGAGAUCGAUCCGCUGCUGCUGCUCUUGGAGAAGCUGGACGUGUCGCACGUGCAGGAGUUUCGCUUCCUCUGCUUUCCGUUCCAGGCCCAGCUGUUGAUGAGCCAGCUGAGGCGGAUGAAGAAUCUGCGUUACGCGUGCCUGCAGUAUUUUGCGGAGGACAAGAUGCUCGGGAUCCUCGGGAACGCUUGCGAGCACCUGGAGGUGGUGGACGUCCGGCACUCCUCUCUCGUCACGGACGAGGGGCUCAAGCGUCUGUGCCUCAAGCAGUGCGUGUACGGAAAGAGUCGGUGGGUGGAGGCGUUCAAGAAGAUCAAGGCCCUGCAGUUGACGACGCUGGGGUCCCGAUACAAGCAGAUGCCCCACGUGGAAGUGUACGACAGGGAGGAGUUGAACCCGUGCGUGACCCGCUCCCUGAGGCACGUGUGUCUGAAGGACACCUCCGUGACGGAAGGGGGAAUCGCGUUUCUCGCGUCUAAGGUCAGGGAGUCUUGCCGGAUCGACUCGUGACGGGCUUGCCUCUUAUGGCCGUCGGACGGCAUUCGUAUUGUGUGUUGCGGAGGCCACUUCGCUGUGUUCGUGACAUUUGCAAUGGUUGUCGAAAAUGAUUUUUAAAAGGGAUGAGGAUCGCAAAAAUGUUGCCCUAUUCUCGGUCGAGGGAGUGCUACGUCGUGUUGCUGAUGGAGUUGGAGGUUGGAGGCAGUGGGGAGUGGACCCGGGAGUGUUCGCCGAGUCCCUGAUGAGAGCGUGUGAUCGGCUGGUGUCCGCGGGGAGGUUCACACCGAGGAAGCCGGCGGCCAUCCUCGCCGCGGCGUAUCAGGAGCUUACCCAAGAGAAGCGGCACAUCAUCGGGAGCAGCACGGCAUGCGUGAUUGCCCUCGACCGGGAGCGCGGAUGGCUCUACGCGGCGAACAUAGGCGACUCUGGCUUCCGGGUCGUCCGCAAUGGAGCCUUCAUCCACCGAUCCCAGGAGCAGCAGCAUUACUUCAACACCCCGUUCCAGCUCUCCCUCCCCCCGCCUGGGUCGCGGGCGAACAUCCUCAGUGACAGCCCGGAGCGAGCGGACACGACGGAGCUGAAGGUGGAGCCCGGGGACGUGAUCCUGCUGUGCUCGGACGGGGUGCUGGACAACGUGCCGGAGUCCCUGCUGCUGCCGCAGCUGGCGUCCCUCGUCCAUACGGACCCGGACCCGUGCCUCUUGCAGAAGACGGCCAACUCCAUCGCCCUGCAGGCGCGGAGCCUCGCCUUCGACUCCAACUUCCUGUCCCCGUUCGCGAUGGCCGCGAGGAAGAACGGCAUCGCUGCCAACGGUGAGGAUUGA